AUUGUUUACAGAAUGUGGUAGAGGAAGUGGAGUAAGCGAAGUCAAGAUUGCGAAGAGACCGUGGAAUGUAAAUAUCAUGCCCGUUGUCAGCCAGCGAAGCUCGUGGACAAGUCGGUCUGGUACAAUUUAAGAAUAUGGUUACUCGCAUUCUGGGACGACAAGAAGACAACCAUGCCGCAUUAAUAUCCUAAAAACCUACGAGUCAUUCAUGUCACAAGGCAAGGGACAAGCUUGACUAGCUCCAUCCCGCUCUUCACUUGUUUUCGCUGUAGCUUUUCUGUCAGUCUUCAAUUGGUAUAUUCCCUUGUAUCGUCAGGAAAAGCACAACUUUUAUAACUAGUUAGAUAAGUUUUGCCUCCCCCAAAGAUAACUUUGCUCUAGUUUGCUGCUGUAGCUUGCCAGAAGCUAUCAAACCUAUUUGACAGGGAGCUGUAGGUAUCUUACUGUAUAACGUUAAUGGACAGCGGCAGUGCUGAAAAUGAUAUAUAAGAUAUUUGUUGUUAAGUUUUAAAUGUGUGUAUAUAUAUAUUUUGUGUAAAGAUCAUUAUUUAUUUUUUGUUAGAGGAAAGCUUGUAGUUUUACACUUGCACUAAAUUUACCAGAAGCCCAUGUGCAAUGUCGAAAAUAUAGCCUAUUUGUUAUGACAUCCCACACUUGUACUGAAAGAAAAUGUGCAAGUAGUUAUUUAAGGCCAUAUGAAAUCCACUCUCUCUUACAGUCUGUAUGACAUAAAACAGACAGAGCGACUGUGGAUUCUGCUGUAGCCGUCCAUCAACCCCGUCUUGCAAACUAAGGACACUGUUACUCAGGAAUGCCAGGGAACUGAUCGUCAAGAUUUCCUUCAAGUUUCACCUAUAAGGUCACUGCCAACUUUUAAAUCUGUGAAUAUACUUAAUGUAAAGGGCUGAGUUUGUUUUUCUAUUCUUAUACAACCUAAGCCUGAAGUAGUCUUUACCGACGACUUGGCCUUAUUUUCAAUUGAUUAAGUGCUACAUUGAACAUUACCCAGCUAUGGCGGAUUCUGGCACAGAGAUAGUUGGAGGAGAUCUCCUGAGCGUUGUCAAAGAUGACUGCUCUCUGACAGAGGCCAUUUCUAAAGAGGGCGGCCUUACAGCAGGAUCGUCUGCGGCUAAAGAAAUCCAUGAAGCAGAGCCCUUGGACCAUGAAGACUCCACCAAAGACCCAUCAGUUAAGACCCUUAAGACCCCAAUUAUGGAAGCAGAAGGUUUUGACGGAUACAGGGAAACCUCACUCACACCAACCACCACGUGUGCGGCCAUGUCUGAAAACGGCACGACAGAAGACGCUCGAUCCACCCUGCAGAGCCAAACUCUGACAGAAGGGAACGGGGAGAGCUCAGUGGCCACAUUUGGAAGGUCGGACGAGUAUAGCCAGUCAGCUACCACCGACUCCGCCUCCUUCUCCAUCCCCAGCCUAGAGUUCUUCGAGGGCAACAACGGGAACGACGAGCCAUUGUCCUCCUACUCUGCCCUGGGCAUUGAGGGCAGCUCCCUGUCUGCCGACGUCCCCUGCCUGGCCGACGAUGUCCUGGCUGACGAUGUCCUGGCUGGCGUCGCUGCUGCCGCAGCCACAGGAGGAGCCACCGCCGCCCCGGACCUAGAGCCCAUGAUGCCGGCCUACUACUUUGUGAAGUGGAUCACCUGGAAAGAGAAGAAGACCCCCAUCAUCACACAGAGUGAGAACGGGCCCUGUCCCCUGCUGGCCAUCAUGAACACCCUGUUUCUGCGCUGGAAGGCCAAGCUACCCGCCCAGACAGAAGUUAUCACCACAGAGGACCUGAUGGCUCACCUUGGAGAGUGUGUAUUGUCCAUCAAACCCAGGGAGAAGGCUGAGGGAAUGGAGCUCAACUUUCAGCAGAACAUGAGCGAUGCCAUGGCAGUUCUGCCAAAGCUGUCCACGGGCCUUGAUGUCAACGUGCGCUUCACGGGCGUAUCAGACUUUGAGUACACGCCAGAGUGUAUCGCCUUUGACCUGCUGGACAUCCCACUCUACCAUGGCUGGCUGGUGGACCCUCAGAGCCCUGAGAUGGUGGCAGCGGUGGGAAAGCUAAGCUACAACCAGCUGGUAGAGAAGAUCAUUGACUACAAGCAUUCGGCCAACAGCAGCCGUGUCAGUGAAGGUUUGGUGGCAGAGCAGUUUCUGGAGUCCACAGCGACCCAGCUGUCGUAUCAUGGACUUUGUGAACUCAACACUACAGUCAAGGAGGGCGAGCUGUCUGUGUUCUUCAGAAACAACCACUUUAGCACCAUGAUAAAGCACAAGGGCCACCUGUACCUACUGGUGACAGACCAGGGCUUCCUGCAGGAGGGGGGGCUGGUGUGGGAGAGCCUGCACAAUGUGGAGGGUGACGGCAACUUCUGCGACUCAGACUUCCGCCUGUGCCACCCGCCCCAGAGGAGCGUCCCUGUGACACAGCCCGAAGAUCUCACGCCCCAGCAGCAGCAGAGACAGAUCGACCAGGACUACCUGGUGGCCAUGUCUUUGCAGCAGCAGCAGGGGGUGGCCCCGGGGCCCCUCAGUGACCUGGACUUGGCCAGACAGCUGCAGGAGGAGGAGUACCAGCAGCAACAACAACAAGGAGGUCCCUCCCAGGCCCCAGCACAGCAGGUGAGAGGUCAAGCGGCGGCCCAGCCGGGAGGUUCUAGGAGACGGGAGAAAAAGGAUGAUUCGGACUGUGCCAUAUUAUAGCGACACCUAACCUUACCCUAGUCUCCAUGAUCUCCCUAUGAUUUUAGCCUGCCCUUCUUUGCAUUAAGCCAACCCCUAACAUAUAUAUAUACACACACACACACACACAGAGUUAGGGGAUUGUGCCCCUGCCACCUCAAUGCCAAACCCACCCCUCACACUUAACCUAACCUCGAGGUUGAACCUCACUCACUACCACCGCACCUCGCACCCGUGGUUUCCUUUGAACAUCCAGGCCAGAAGGUGGCAGUACUAGUCACGCUUUCCAAAACCAUAGAAUAGAAUAUAAAUGUCAAUUGAGGCACCAGACAGGAAAUCCCUUGCAGUUGGUGGGUUACAGCAGCUGAGUUGUCCAAGACCCAUUACAACCCAGGUAGAGUCAUGAAACACAUCUGUAACAAAAAGCUAAGGUCUAAAUUAAAGGGCAGUCAAUACAGCUCAGACCAGAUGAUGUACUUUAAAAUGGAUACUGCAGCUUUUUAAAUUGUGUAUAGGAGAUGCAAAAAAAGUUAGGUUAAAAUUAGAGCACAAAGACAACCCCCCCCCCCCCCCUUCUCUGCUACACUCUUUUGCCAUCCUCACAGCCUUAGAAAGCCCGGUCUUUAAGCGAACUCUGGGGAAGUCGCCAUCUGCAUUUACGCCAUGAUGGAAACUCGAGUACAUUCCUGUCCUAUACAGAACGGUGCACAGUUAUGCCUUGCUCGAGGGCCGAGACGAGGAUUCUGCAAGCCCAAACAAAGAUAUGGCUUUGAGGGCUGCGUUCCCAAAGGUCCUAUCUGCUAGACUAAGCAUUGGCCUUACUUUCCCUGCCCUAUAGUGUACUGUGCUGUAGUUAGUAGCAGGGAGGAAUUAUGCAAAAGGUGAAUGGAUAAGGACAGUGAAGGUGUUCUGCUGGAGCAUCUGUUAUGGACGACUUAAGACCAGUAAGAGAAGUCCCAUUAAAGGUCCAAUGCAGCUGUUUUAAUCUCCAUUUAAAAUUGUUUCUGGGUAACAAUUUAAGUACCUUACUGUGAUUUGUUUUCAGUUAAAAUGGU